AUGGAUGGCCAAUGGGACAUUGUGAUAUCAUCCCUCCAGGAUAUAUACAACGCCAAUGAAGUUUUAGCAUUCGAUGAUGAUGUGAAUUCGAAACGAAUAAAUUUCGCUAAUUUACCUGAGGAACAAGUGCAAUCCCAUUUAACUCAUUUUGAAGAACAUCUCGAAAACGUUAAGAGAGCUCAAAGGUUACUAGAUGCAGUAAGAUCAAAUUUGCAAGCAGUUAUAGAACACGUAUCUAACAAGGAACUUGCAGAAAUACAGGUUCUUGAGGAAGCCGAUUCAAGUCGAUCAGAUAAUGGUGAAGGCGAUUAUGGAAAAUGCUACUGGGUAAGCCAGUACAAUCCAUCGGGGCCAAUUCGAGUAGGCUCUGAAGUUGCAUACAAGCCACGAAAGGGCGGGGAAGGCGAGUGGUUUCAAUGCGAAGUCGUUAGGGUGUCGCCGGACGGUAUGAAGUUCGAAGUCAGAGAUCCAGAACCAGAUGAGCUGGGCAAUACAGGGAAGCUUUUCAAAUGCAAUUGGAAAGAUCUCAUAUUUAUUCCGCCAGCACAUCUCACAAAACCACAGGUACCUAACUAUCCACCAGGGACGAAGGUCUUGGCCAGAUAUCCUGAAACAACGACUUUCUACCCCGCAAUGGUGAUUGGAACCAAAAGAGAUGGCAUAUGCAAACUGAGAUUCGAUGGUGAGGAAGAAGUAGACAAGGAAACUGAAGUAACGAGACGUCUGGUGCUUCCAUACCCAUCAAUUUCUUCAACGCCAGCUAAACGUUGA